CUUCACUACUUUAAUUAACUCGUACAGUUUACUCCGCAAGGCCUUUGAGAGGGUUGACGAUGUAUGGAGGUUCUGCGCCUGGUAAAGAGGAUCACUACGAUUAUCUAUUUAAAGGUAAUAAAGGAUUGAGCAACUUAACCCAGUUGAAAAGUUGUACUGAUCGGAGAUUCAGGUGUCGGGAAAAGUAACUUGCUCUCACGUUUUACAAGAGACGAGUUUAAUUUGGAAAGUAAAAGUACGAUUGGUGUUGAGUUCGCUACAAAGUGAGUUAGUAUAAAAUGUUUAUCAAUGCAUUUAGGAGUGUAAAUAUUGAAGGAAAAACCAUAAAAACACAGAUCUGGGAUACAGCCGGUCAGGAACGUUAUCGAGCUAUAACGGCUGCUUAUUACCGUGGUGCUGUUGGUGCACUUUUGGUUUACGAUAUCUCCAAACGUGCGACUUACGAUAACGUGGAACGGUGGUUACACGAGCUAGCAGACCAUGCAGCAAAGAAUAUCGUUAUCAUGUUAGUUGGGAAUAAGUCUGAUCUUAGGCAUCUCCGGAAUGUAUCGAAAGAAGAAGCGAAGAAUUUUGCUGAGCGUAAUGGACUUUGCUUCAUUGAAACAUCAGCUUUAGAUUCCGCAAACGUUGAAAAUGCUUUCAAUACGGUUCUUCAAACUAUUUAUACGAUUGUCAGCUCAAAUCCUUCAGUGAGUAAUGUCGAUAUGAAAAUGUCUCCAUAUAAUAAUCAACCGAUCGUUUCACCGAACGCGGAGAAUUCAAGCACUGGACGACGGUGUUGUAGUUGAUGAAACUAAGCAAAUCAUCAAGCUCAAAUUUGUUUCCGU